AAAAAAAAAAAAAAAACUUCUGUCAUCAAAUCUUGCAAAUCCCCUCAGUCUCCAAUUUUCUUCAUCAUUUUUUCUUCUUAAUCAAACAUGCACACACUUCCAUCCCCAUAUUCUUUUUUAACAAUUUCAUCUAUACCCACUAAGCCAAAUCCUCAAUUAUGUAGUAAAAAUCCAGUCUUUUUCACACGCACCAAGCCAAAUCCUCAAUUAUGUAGUAAAAAUCCAGUCUUUUUCACACCCACCAAGCCAAAUCCUCAAUUAUGUAUCAUAAAUCCAAUCUUUUUCACUUCUUUGAAGUAUUCAGCAAAAGGGUGUUACUCAAAUUCAAGAUCAACAACUAAAAAACCGAGCAUUUCCUCAGUUUCUUGCCUGAUUAUGGACAAAGAAGCACCACUAGAAGAGGGGUUAAGUGUUGUUGAAAAAAUUCAGAUUUUAGCUUUGGAAUUUAGGUCCUUAUCAGAACCAAUUGAUAGAGUGAAAAGAUUAUUACACUAUGCAAGUAUUCUCCCUCCAUUAAGCGAGUCAGUUAAGGUUCAAGAAAACAGAGUCAUGGGUUGUACAACUCAGGUUUGGUUAGAGGUUAGGAUGGAUAAAAGGGGUUCAAUGAGGUUUAGAGUAGAUAGUGAUUCAGAGAUCACAAAAGGGUUUUGUUCUUGCUUGUUAUGGUUGCUUGAUGGUGCUGAACCAGAGGAGAUUUUAAGUGUUACAGCAGAGGAUUUGGCUGAUAUGAAUGUGGGGUUACCUAAAAAGGGUCGUUCGAGGGUGAAUACUUGGCAUAAUGUGUUGUUCAGUAUGCAGAAUAGGACUCAAGAUUGUGUUCAGGAGAGGAAUAGAGCAGCUUUGUCUUUGGAAGAUUUUCAUUCUUUAAUUAUUAGGCCUCAUGGAAGUUACCUGGAAUCUGAGGACCUGAGACAGGUGCUAUAGUUGGACCUAUGAGCGCGCACCCACGUUGUCCAGAGGCUUAGUGCCUAAAUGCAGCCUUGAAGUCAAAUAAUUGUUUGUCCCAUGGUUGGUUGAAUCUGCUUAAGUUUCAAACAUGUUCUUCUUUUGUUCUCCACUGUGGCAAUUUCCUUCCCAUUGCUAUUCAGAGUUUGGUGUAUGUCUGCAGAUGUUGCAUAGAAUUGAAUUCACUGGGGCAAUAAGGCAGAAUGAUUACAGAGAUGGAUAUACAAGAAACUACUAAAAUAGUAAAAUAGUCUGGACGAUAUUUAGAAAACGGCUGACAUAAACUUACUCUUUUGCUCACUAUUAAUAAAUUUCAGGGUGGCUAUAGCAUAAUAUUUGAACUGAGUAAGCCUUUUUCAAGGUAUUUGAUUGAAGAUGAGCAAUGAACUUUUCCCUGUGGCCAUUAUUGAUGGUGCUGUAAUCAUCUUUGUUGUAUUAGGAACUUACAACUAGGUCCUUUUUUAAACUUUUCUUAUGUUCUAAAAUGUUAGACAAAUAGUUCAUCCAAGGUGUUUGAAUCCUCUGGAAGAUAAAUUUUCACAUCA